AUGUCUACCUUUUUGGAUUCAUUCUGCCCACAGGCUUAUGGGGCAGGAAAGCGGCAUCAUGUAGUUCUCUACUUUCAAGGAAUACUUAAUGGGUAUUUGCCUUCUUAUUUUCCCAUUAAGUAUUCUUUGGUGGAACUCUGGGUAAAACUUUUGAUAGUUUGUGUAGAUCAAGAUAGUAUUGAAAUGGCCCAAUUAUAUUUGAGGAUAGUCACAUUUGGUGGGCCCGGCUUACUCUUAUUUGAAACUGGAAAAAGGUAUCUUCAAGCCCAAAAUAUUUAUUCCGCUGACUUAUGUCCCAAUUUUCGUUUAAAUCUUCAACUGCUUUCUCAAUUGGAUAUUAGUAUGGAAUAG